AUGGGUGAUAACACGCACAACUCCAGCUUUGGAAGGCUUAGGAGCCGGAAACAGACCCAGAUAAGGAAUGAGCUAUUUCAUGAAAUUUCCUCACAACGUAGUGUAUUGUCUAAGGAUCUCCGGGAGCGACUUAAGCGUUUGCCCCAGCACAUCCGCAAAGAUUUGGUCGAGAAAACAGAAGAAGGCUACUCACCGUUGUUUCUGGCAUGUUGCACGGGUAGUAUUGAAAUUGUUGAGUUCCUGAUAACGGAGUGCGAUGCCGACAUUGAACAAAAAGGUACAUUCUUUUGCAGCCAGAAGCGCGAUGAUGUUUGGUGUGAUAAGUCUGUGGGUCACAUCUAUACUCCAUUAGGAUGUGCAUGCGCAUUCCAGAACGUUGAACUAGUUGAGUUCCUUAUUCAGCAUGGCAGCAAUGUAAAUGCUCUCUCCGAUACCGGAUCGACACCACUGUUCAUCGCAUGCAGUAUGAUGAACAUCGAAAUUGCUCAAUUGUUGAUAGACAGCGGAGCCGAUGUUCAAAAACCGAACUAUAAAAGAGAAACCUGUCUCAUCGCUUCUAUUGCCUCUGUGGAACUUUGCAUCUAUCUCAUCAGUCAAGGAUCAGACGUCAAUGCACAGGAUUUAUAUAACAGAACCGCUCUACACUACGCUAUUCUGACCAAUAAUCUUGAAACAACUCAACUGCUAUUAGAUCAUGGAGCCGAUCCGUUCAUCAAAAGCUACGAAGGUGACGAUGCAAUUCAAACAGCGUGCCUUACAGGGGCCCAACAAAUAGCGGAUUAUCUCAUGUACAGAAUAAGUUACUCGCGAGAAACGUUAGCCAAUGCCUACGAACUAAUGGGAUCUACGCUUAUCGAUUUACGCUUUGAUCGCCAAACAACAGUCCUUUAUUGGCAGCAGGCUCUUCACAUUCGGCUGAGUGGAGAUAAUUACAUCUCGAAGAAACAGAUACCAACACGACCCGCAUACGGAAAUGCGGUCGAAUUUUCAACUGUUGCUGAAUUAGAUGACAUCAGCUAUGACCUAGAUGCAAUACGUAUUCAGGGAAUGUUGAUUUACGAGAGGAUACUGGGCAUGGACCAUGAGAAUACUUUAGUGUAUUUCAUGAAUCGAGGCGCGUUCUAUCAUCAAGCCAUGCAAUUCCAGAUGUGUAUUGAUUCAUGGCUGCAGGUGCUGCAAAGCCGAAUUCGAAAAUAUUCCAUAUUGCAUCUUAAUACCCGUCGUACCCUGCGGUCCAUCAUUCGGUUGAUGGUGAUUCUAGUGUGUAGAAGUGCUCGCGCGGAGUCAAGUAAUAUGAAUAUACCACGUUUUAAUGAUGUUUAUGGUGUGUUCCAGCUAUUGGCUUCAAAUCUUAUCGAGGCUCGCCAAUUGCUCUCUAUUCGACCGGUUUAUGGAGUGCAGCGAAAGAAAUUCGAUCGUACACUCCAAUAUCUCAUGCAUGUAAUAUACCUACUGCUCACAACGGCUAAGAACGCGGACCAACGAAAUUUAGUGGAGAACUCUGUUCGGGAUUUACUCCACAAGGAUAUACGAUGUGCACUGACUAACGAAACGCUGUUGCAUUUAUCCGUUUCAAAAAUACAAGUUAUGAGGAAUGGAAAUUCUAAUGGAAAUAAUACGCAGGGUAUUUUUCCCAACCCAAACGUGACGAAGCUGCUGCUAGAGUGUGGAGCGCCUGUGGAUGCAUACGAUAACUCGAAAUCCACACCACUGCUCGUUGCUGCCUUGCCCCGCAAUUAUGUGAAAGAAGUGGUCCAAGUCCUGAUCGAACACGGUGCCCAUCUAGACCUUCCGAAUCUGAAUGGCCAUCGGCCAACGGAAAUAUUGGCGGAAAAUCCGGCGAACGAUAUCUCAUUGAGCAAUAAGUUAUCACUGAAAUGCCUUUGUUCGAAUGCGAUAGUGAAAUUUGGAAUAACUCAGAGAGAUACAUUACCCCGCACUCUAGUGGAUUUUGUGCGGGUCCAUGACCACAGCUCAUUUUAG